ACUACAUGCCAAGCCAGCCAAGGUGUUUUGUUAUUUCUAAACACGAAGGGGAGUUUGUUUAUUUUUGUUGUUAGUGGUCAAGGUUUCAGUGAUUCAACUAACUAGUGAAUUUGAAAGUACCAUGACGUACAAGCAGUGUUUGUUGUACGUAACUUCAGAUAAAAGUUUUACACAAAACUUAAAUUUUGUUGAAGCAUGCAGCCACGAAUGUCACCGUGUUUGUGUUUAAUUGCGACAACAUGUGAUACGCCAGGGAAAAAAGUACUGUAGAUCAUAAUUCUUAUGAUGUAAAACAUACUACCGGCUAUAAUUUCAAACUGAAUAUGUUUCAUGUUAGCCAGAAUAAACGUCAGAUGCGGACGAUUACGAUCGUUUCGCAUGCACUACUAUUGAUGGUUUUUAGUGUAAGAGCCGAUGAAAGUAGUUACACGAAGAUCACCAACACUGAUUUGAUCAAGGAAGCAGAUGAUUCGCUCCUACUUUUGUCGACGCUAGACGGUUCGUUUAUUGGAAUAAGUCAGCGAACAGGAAUGGUGAAAUGGCAAAUUAAAGACGAGCCGGCUGUGAAAGUACCAAUUGACACAUCAAAAGCCAUAAACCCCAUGUACCUGCCAGACCCUAAAGAUGGUUCACUGUAUGUUUUGUCUGAGUCUGAUCAAGAUGCCUUAAAGAAACUGCCAUUUACUAUACCACAGCUUGUUGCCUCUUCACCUUGCCGAAGCAGUGAUGGGAUACUUUAUACUGGAAAGAAAGUGGACACCUGGUUUUCAGUUGAUCCUAGGACAGGAGAAAAACAGGAAGUUCUUAGCUAUGACAAAGUUGAUAAGACUUGUCCCAUUUCUAAUGCUGAAUCUGUGCUCAUUGGAAGAACAGAAUACAACAUUAUGAUGCUGGACAGUAAAAAUAAAGGUCGUAGUUGGAAUGUGACUUUUUUUGAUUACUCAGCAAAUCUGAUGGAAGCUGAAACUCGGAAUGAUUAUCCAUACGUUCAUUUUGUGGCGAGUUCUUCAGGGCGAGCACUAAGUAUUGACAGACAUGUGGGAUCACCACUGUGGCAGCAUGACUAUGGUUCACCUGUAAUAGCUAUGUAUAUUUUAGAAGACAGUGGCCUUGUUUCUGUUCCAUUCACAAGUAUUGCAGAGGAAACAUUAGACCACCUUGUACUGCAGUUUGAAAAUGAUCCCACAUCCAUCAGCACUUUAAAGUUAUACCCAACACUCUAUGUUGGUGAGCAUUUGCAUGGCAUGUAUGCAUUACCAUCUUUGGUGGACCAAAGUACAGCAACAAUUGCACAUUUGGGUUUACCAUUACUUGAAGGACCAAGUUUGGACACGGAAGAGGCAAGCUCUGAUGCCAACAUCCCUAAAACAAAAGCUCCAGAAGCAGAUGUAACAUUUCAGAGUCUGCCUAGAGUAACUAUUGGCCAUCACAAGGUCCCAGAAUACAGUGAAACUGUAAUGAGGAUUACAGGCAGAACUGACAUAAGUGCAAUUGAUACACAUCAUAUUGUUGGUCACAAUAAAACAAAUAUAACUGUAGCUUUUGAGGGAAAUGCCCCAAGCACUGAGGCCACCAAGAGGCUAAAUAACAGUCACUUACCUUUUAUAUCAAUUGGAAUACAAACAACAAAAUUAGAUGACUUCAAAGAAAAAUUGGAGGAAUUAUAUGAUAAAUUAUCUACAGGAAGGACAUCCUUUGUUUUAUCACAGGAGUUUCCACUACUGUCUUACACCAUUGCAAAGUCAUGGCUCCGCCAACAAGAAAAUGUGGGUUUAAAGUUUACAGUAAUUCUGCUUGUUGCUUCAGUCAUUAUACUGAUUUACUUGAGAGUUCAGGAUCGUGAAUAUUUACGUUUGUCACAAGGAUCAAAUAUAAGUAAUGUAUCAAGUAGUGACAGCAAUUCACAUAUUGUGACAGCAGAAGCAGAAGAUGUUGGUGCUGGCAACAUAAGAGUUGGAAAGAUUAUCUUCAACAGAGAGCAGAUACUUGGAAAAGGCUGCGAAGGAACAUUCGUUUACAAGGGUGAAUUUGACCGGCGAGCUGUAGCUGUAAAGCGGAUAUUGCCCGAGUGCUUCACAGUAGCAGACCGUGAGGUGGCUCUUCUGCGUGAGUCAGAUGCUCAUCCAAAUGUAGUUCGCUACUUUUGCACAGAACAAGAUCGCCUUUUUCGUUAUAUUGCUCUGGAAUUAUGUGCAGCAACAUUGCAAGACUAUGUUGAGGGUAGAUUCCACAUUGGUCGAAUCUCUGCUCGUGACAUUCUGCACCAAGCAGUUGCUGGGUUGCAUCAUUUACAUUCUCUUAAUAUAGUUCACCGUGACAUAAAACCACACAAUGUCUUGCUUUCAAUGCCAGAUGGGAAAGGGGAGGUCAGAGCAAUGAUAUCAGAUUUUGGUUUAUGUAAGAAACUGAAGAUUGGGCGCACAUCUUUCUCUAGACAGUCUGGUGUAACAGGCACAGAAGGAUGGAUAGCACCAGAAAUGAUGAAUGGAUGUGUUCGUGCGACUUGUGCAGUUGAUAUAUUUUCUAUGGGGUGUGUUUUUUAUUAUGUUUUGACUGAUGGCAAACAUCCAUUUGGGGAUGAAUUGAGAAGACAGUCCAAUAUUGUUACUGGAGAAUAUAGACUGGCAGACUUGGAAGGAGAAACCAAUGCUCUGCAGCACAAUCUUAUAUCAGCAAUGAUAACAGCAGAUCCUGGUAGCAGGCCAUCAGCAGUUGCUGUUAGGAACCAUCCUGUAUUCUGGAAUGGUGCUCGAAUAUUAGCUUUCUUUCAGGAUGUAAGUGAUCACGUCGAGAAAGAUGAUUAUUCGAGUCCUGUCUUGCGUGCCUUAGAGCACUGCAGCUUGAGUGUUGUGCGCUCGGACUGGCGAGCACAUAUCAGUGAGGACGUUGCUCAGGAUCUGCGGAAAUUCCGAAGCUACACUGGUAGUAGUGUCCGGGAUUUGCUUCGUGCAUUACGAAACAAGAAAAACCAUUACCGGGAGCUGUCGUCAGAGGUACAGAAAAGUUUGGGUGCAAUACCUGACAAAUUUGUCAGUUACUGGACACAUCGUUUUCCUUUGCUUUUGUUGCAUACAUGGCUGGCAAUGCAGUGUGUGAAGUCUGAACCUCUAUUUUGCCAGUACUACCAACAAGAUUAUACAUUCUGCAAUAGCUUGACCAUGGAUUCUACAGGAACUGUAGAACCUAAUACACUGAGGAAUAUUAACCUCUCAGAUGAGAGCCGCUCAGCAGCUGCACUAAAUGGAGGAUCUCAUAUUAUAUCUAAUGUUGACCCAUUCAAUCUUAAAAGAAAGGUUUACCCAAAUGUGCAAACACCUAAAAAGAAACAAGAAAAUGGUAGAUUCUUGCGUAAAAUUGAAAGCCGUUCACCAUCAUCCAUGGAUUAUAAUUGGAGACAGAAUUCUAAUGCAGUAGCAGACUCCACAAAGGCUCUUUUCAAUAAUGUAGGCAGUGAAAUGAAUUCCAGUGCAUUUUUGGACAGCCAGUGUGGAAAAAAAGCUGAUAGUGAGGGUUUUGGAGAGAACACUUUAGAUCAAGCAGAAACUGUGGUAAUUUCCAAACAUACUAAAAAUAGACUAGUGAAGAAUCUUCAGACAGAUUCAGAGACAAGUGAUUUUAGUGAUGUACAGAACAGAAGACAUGAUAAGCCAGAUUUAAGUGGUGUGCGAGUGAAGAGCAAAAAGAAGCAUAAACCUGUAGAAGUGCCGCUUGUAUGGACACUCUCCCUGUCAUCACCUGAUACUUAGGGAUGCUAUUUUUUGUUUUGCAAUAGUGAAAAUUUCCAUACUUGUGUUUAUAUCCACUUGAAUAUUUCAUGUGCUCUUUAUUUCUUCACACAUUAUUAUUUGUGUUAAUACUGUUAUAUGACCAGAACUGCAAUACAUGCAGUGUUGUACGACCAGACCUGCAGGACAUGCAGUGGCAUUUGCUUUGAUAAGGGGAGAAAAUAGGCACCUUACAUGUCAUUUUACUGUUUUGUUGUAAUUAUGACUUUGAAUGAUGUGGGUGUAUGGCAUUUUCUCGUAAGACACCUUAAUUUAGCCUUUAUGAGCUGCAGUUAUUGUCUAGAAUUAUUAUUAUUAUAUGAUUCUGAUUCUUCAAACAUUGUACUCAAAAAGUGAGAGAAUUGGUCUUCAGUUUUUCAUAUAGGUCAGUUCACCAGAACUGUAAGCUAACCACUCUGCAGGGUUUUGGUGAAUUUGGGUGUUUACUCAGUUCCUGUUCUAACGUGUUUGUUAAGAAAAGUGCACAAAUUUAAUGUUAAUUUUUUUGUUGAAAAGUCUAAGUUUGUUUCUUUAUUUUUCAUGUUAAGGCAGUAUUUGCUGUACAUGUUUCACUACAAAACAGGCACAAAUGAGCCACAAAAAGUAUUUAAAUGCUUAAUCAGUGUUGUCAUUGUUGCCAGUGAAUUAAAUGAGUCACAUUUUUACACAUAUUUACUGUAGUGAGAGUUCAUUAUAGAUCCAUUUAGUUAUUGCAGAGGAGGAUGGCAGACUAACUUCAUCGUUUUAUUAAAUAAGACUGUGACAGUGAUGGGUACAUCUCUUGUUCUUAGCUGGAUAUGCAAGGAAUUGUAUAUUCGUUAAUGUGCUUGGAAUGCUCUUUCCUGUUCACUUUUUGUCUCUUCUUUUCACAUGACUGAUUAAGUUGUAAUUAUUUGUGUAGUGUUCCAUGACGUCAUUCCAUUCUCAGUGUCUGUAACAACAAAACUUUAUUUUGAUCUCUUAUGUUAGGAAAGAUACCAUAUUCAAAGAACUUUUAGUUUGCUAUUCAUUUUCUGAGGUGGAGAAGAGCAGAAUGAAAUGUAAUAAGUUACUUUGGAAAUGGGUAGUGCAGUGUUCCUCCUCCUCAUAUUGAAAUUUUUGGUGUACUUUUAUGUAGAUCCCUUUGCAGAUACAGUACUUUGUGUGUGUGUGUGUGUGUGUGUGUGUGUGUGUGUGUGUGUGUGUGUAGGAGGGGGCACACCCGUAUGCUUGAUUCCUCUCCCUCCCUCCCUCCCCCC